AAGUCUUAUUAACUCAUAGUAAAAUCAGAAAUGGAUCAAACUGCUAUGCAACAGAUUCUUAUUUCCAUCCCUGCUGUCACUCCCUGCAGUUACCGGCACUUACUAUAUUUUAUUUAUUGUGAAUUUUGCCGGUUGUAUCAAACUACAAAUGCAUUGACAAUGUAUCCGUUUAUCAACCGUAAUUAGAUCACAAAUGUAAUUUUUGGGGAAAUCUUAUGAUUAUGUUUAUUAAUGGUGUAAACUGACAUUGGCAGCAUAGCUCAUUCAAGAGAUAGCACCCCCUACAGGUGGUGUAGUUCACCUUUUGUGGAACAUGACUAACGUCCUGCACAGGAAAAAAAAAGUUUAAAUGCUUUAUAUGACAAUGAAAAUUGAGUUCUAGGAUGGUGAACAUCUGUGUAUGAGGGCACUUCAAAAACCUCUGAAGCAUGCAAAAAUCCUUGUUGGAGUUCAAUAUGUGUUUACUAAUCUCUUUCUGUAAUGUAAAGUUUGGAUUUUUUUUUUGGGAUGUCCCAGGAUAAUCCCAUGUUCCUGGUAAUUCCUGGCAUCAUAACAAUGCACACUUCCUUUUACCUGGCAAUGAGGAACCAUCACAGUGUAUCUUUCUUGUUACUCAGAGUCCCCUCCCCAGCCUGGGUGGUGAGUCAGCAGGGCACAGCAUAGAAACUUGCACUGCUCAUAGGAAGUAACUGCUGCAGAGGAAACUGUUACUGAGGCGAGAAGCAAACAGCAGCUGUGAGGUGCGAGUGGAGAAGCUGUGUGGGGAAUUGAUGCGGUGAUGGGGGAACAAAUAAUCGGCCAUUCUACAUUUUUUAAACAAAAAAGAAAUAAAGAAGUAUUGCCCACCAUGUGCACGUGGAGAAUAAUCCCAGAGACAUGGCAGGAAAAAGAUUUGACUGUGAGUUCCUGGCUGCCCACAACACCUACAGGCAGCAGCACGGAGCUGAGCCGCUGAGACUCAACCAGGCACUCUGCAAGUCUGCUCAGAGCUGGGCAGAACACAUGCUGGCAACGAAGACCAUGCAGCACAGCUCCACCAGCAACGGGGAGAACCUGUACUACACAUGGAGCUCCACCGCCAACAGCAUCGCUGGGAGUAAGGCUGUGGAGUCCUGGUACAGCGAGAUUAAAGACUACAACUUCAGAAACCCUGGCUUUGGAAGCAACACAGGUCACUUCACCCAAGUGGUGUGGAAGAGCUCAAAAGAACUGGGAGUGGGGAAGGCCACUGAUGGGAAGACGAUGUAUGUGGUGGGGCACUACAGCCCUGCAGGGAACAUAACCAACCCAGGGUACUUCCAGAGCAACGUCUUGCCUCCUGGGACUUCCGGUAACCUAGGGGGGAAGACUGUGGACUCUUCGAGCAGUGAGCGUGAUAAAGACUCCAGCUUCAGCUGCCCUUCACAAAGAGGCACUAAAGCAGGUGAUGUCACAGAUGGCUUGUGGAAGAGUCUGAAGAAGCUGUCUGUGGGGAAGCCCUCUGCUAGUGGUAUGGUCUACACUGUGGGGCAGGAGAGCCCAGCCAGGAAUCCGACCAGCUCUAGAUACCUCCUGAACCCCACCCUGCAAUCGCCUGGAGCCUCAGGAGGAGCCUGCUCACCCUCAGGCAGCGCUGGGUUCGAGGCGGAGGCCCUGGAAGCUCACAACAUGUACCGGCAGCAGCAUGGAGCCCCCCCACUGCGUCUCAGUGCUCAGCUCUCGAGAGAGGCGCAGAAAUGGGCCAGUCAGCUGCUGUCCAUGCAUGCCCUGCAACACAGCAACACCGACCACGGGGAGAACAUCUGGUGCCGGACCAGCUCGGUGAUAAUGCCAGUCUCGGGAAAGGAGGUGGUGGAGACGUGGUACAACGAGAUCAAGGACUACGAUUUCAACAGACCAGGGUUUCAGAAGAACACAGGUCAUUUUACUCAGGUGGUAUGGAGAGACUCCCGGGAGCUGGGCAUUGCCUUGGCAACAGACUCUGGGCUGGCGAUUGCGGUGGCGCGAUACGACCCCGGUGGUAACAUCACCAACCCCGGGUACUUUCAGAAGAACGUGCUGCCCAAGGGGGCACGGCCAGCAGGGAGGGAUCCAGACCUCCAGUCCAAGAGCCAGACACAGACUGUGAGAGUGAUGGUGAACAAGCCAGAGACUGUGAGAGUGAUGGUGAACAUGCCAGAGACCGUAAGAUUGAUGGGAUCCAGCAGCUCUUCCAGUGUCCAAGACAGGGAGUCAGAGCAAUUCUCACAGGCCCUGCUCAAAAAGCUGAAUGACAAGAGGCAGCAGCACGGGGCGGGACCUCUCAGACUCAGCCCCACCCUAUCGAAGGAGGCACAGGACUGGGCAGAACAUCUGAUCCAGAAGAGGGUCAUUCAGAACCACCCUGGAGACCAUGGACAGAGCAUGUGGUACCAGACCGGCACCAGCACUGAAAAUCCUUCAGGAAGUGAAGUGGCAGAGUCCUGGUAUUCAGAAUGCAGUAAAUAUGAUUUCAGCUCCCCUGGAUUUCAGACAGGAGCCGGGAACUUCUCUCAGAUGGUGUGGAAGUGCUCGACACAGGUUGGAAUCGGAUUGGCGACGGACCGCCGGGGAAUGUUCAUUGCCGUCGCUUUCUACGAUCCUCCCGGAAACAUUGACAACCGGAGCUACUUCAGAGACAACGUCCUGCCCAGGGGCUCUCGAAAGAACUAGAAACAGCUUGCACAGUUCUCAGGUCUAUUGUAGAGUCCUUCACUGUGGAGUUCCUUAAAACCGUCUUUAAAACAGCCCAUAAAGCUUUGUAAACACCGUGCGGAAUGUUUUCGAAUGGAUACGCUGCAGAUGUUUUUUAGAUGGACAGUUGUAUGUGUUUUGGAUUGCUGCUUAUGCAGCUUUUACAUUUUGAUUUUUUUUUGACACAAUUGUAAUUUAGCGAACAGAGAUUAAUGAAAUUUGGUGUCUGUGUCUCAGUGCACAGCUCUCAGAGUGUUUAAUAGAUUGUUUUAUAUCAUUCUUAUUGAGUUUAAAUAAUAUGUGACUAUGCUUUCUAUAGCUGAUGUUUUAAAUUAGGUUUUAUUAUAAGAUGUGACUGAAUUGUAUGGAAUUUGUGUGUAACUUGUGCUAAGCAUUACCCUUGCCUGUAGAAAUUGAUAAAUACAAAAAUAGA